CUCUUUCAUCUCUUCACCAAUCGACACCGCGUGCAUUGCGCUCGACAACAGCGACAGAGAUACGACUAUACGCCCGUCACAUAGAGCGGCAACCAGCGGCAUAAAAGCGACAGCGGACGAGAGAGCCGCACGUCGCCAAACCAUCCCUCCCCCUCCUCGUCGCUCUACCCCCGCCGCCCAUCCUCGCCCGCCCCUCUCGCCACCACGAUGAACACGUUCCGGCCAGUCCAGCGGGACAUGGAGCUCAACCAGCCGCCAGCCGACUCGGUGUCCAAGAUCUCGUUCUCGCCUACACAGGACAUUCUGGCCGUUGCGAGCUGGGACAACAAUGUCCGCCUAUACAACGUCAACAGCGCGGGCCAGUCCGAGCCCAAGACCAUGUACAGCCACGAGGCCCCGGUUCUCGACCUGGCAUGGACCAAGAACGGAUCGCAUCUCUUCUCUUCGGGCUGCGACAACGCCGUGUUCAUGUACGACAUGACCACGGGCCAGAAGCAGCAGGUCGCGGCGCACGACGCACCGAUCAAGUGUGUCGAGUGUGUCGAGACGAACGGCACGACAGUCCUCAUCACCGCCGGGUGGGACAAGCAGCUGAGGUACUGGGACACGCGACAGCCUACACCCAUCCAGUCGCUCACGCUGAGUGACCGUGCGUAUGCCAUGGAUGCGACGGAUAAGAUUGCCGUUGUCGGAACGGCCGACAGACAGAUCCACAUCUACGACCUCAACAACCCCUUCCAGCGGUACCGGAACGUCGAGUCGCCCCUCAAGUGGCAAACACGCGUCAUUUCUUGCUUCCCCGCCUCUGUCGGUGGUGAUGGCUACGCCGUUGGCAGUAUCGAGGGCCGUGUCGGCAUCCAGUAUGCGCACCAGAUUGACGAGAAGAAGAACUUUUCGUUCAAGUGCCACCGUACCGAGAUCCCCCAGGGCAGCAUGGGCCCUCCAGCCUUGGCGGGCUCGCAGAACGUGUUCGCCAUCAACACUAUCACGUUCCACAAGAUCCAGGGCACGUUCUGUACCGGCGGCGGCGACGGAUCGCUCACCUUCUGGGACGGCAUGGCCCGGACAAAGCUCAAGGCCUUCACCGCCAAGGAGCUCGGCAACGGCGACCCCGACGCGCGGCCAACACCGCAGUGGGGCGUGCCCAUCGUCUCGUCGUCGUUCAACCACUCGUGCGACAUCCUCGCCUACGCCUUCUCGUACGACUGGUCCAAGGGCCACCAGGGCGUGCCCCCCGCCGGCUCAAACCCGACCAAGAUCAUGCUCCACUCGGUCAAGGCCGACGAGGUGAACAGGAAGAAGAAGUAGGCGUAGACGGGCGAGGCGAGCUGCUGCUGGCGAGCAGACUUUUGUAGCGCGUCUUGGCGCGAGGCGGGUGUAUGUGUGCCUGUGAGACGCAGCGCGCCGCACCCUACUUGGCCAGAUGCUAGUGACCAGAUGCAU